AUGUCUCUUAAGGAAACCCUCGAAAAAACAGCAGCAGGCUGGAUCUCAGACCUGGAAAGUCGUUCUUUGGAUAAUGUUGUAUCGAGGUGGACUGAUGACAUUCACUACACCGUCCACCCUGAUACGGAAGGAGUCUUUCCGAUGACCAAAGAACAGUCAGUGCUCCGCUCCCUCUCCACUCAGGAGCGAACACCGACGGAAGAUUUAACAACGAUACCGCCCUUAUCUAGAUUUCGGACCUACGAACGGGCUGCAUAUUUCUUCAGUCUUUUGAAGACAUUCAAAAUCACUAUCAAUGAGAUGUUCACGGAUAUACAGAAAAGAACAGUAACGAUGCUUUGCAGCAGCAAGGGACAAUUGGAAGCCGGACCAUAUGGUACCGAUUAUGUCUUCGUGCUCACCAUGACGGAGGAUGGAAAAAAAAUCAGCAAGUUGUCAGAAUGGCCAGAUUUUCACAAAGUCCAAAUGGUACUUAACAAGACCGUUAAAUAA